CUGACCGAAAGACGUCUGAGAAAGACACGACAAAAUCGAGUAGCAAAACGCAUUUUCACGUAGCAUUCAUCUUGACAACCUCUACCUCCAACAGUCCUGAAUUUAUACAUAAUACGGACUGAACAAGAAAGUUUGUUUUUAAAGCCCAAAAAAAAACGAUUACCGUUUAUUGCGAACUGACGUAAUCAAAAUAGUCAAAUAGAAAUCCAAUUCAAACCAGGAGAACCCUGAUUAUCCCCGUUUGAAAUCUGGCGGCCUCCGUAAUCACGAGUUCCGUGGUGUGCUACCGGGCUGCUCUACACCGGCGCCGGGCUUCAGCAACUGCUGUUGCUACCUCGAUUGCAGCAGCGGCUGCUACGACUGGCUGCAAUCAAACACCAGGAUCCAAGGACUGGUGCAUCCUUUCGUUGAACUAUCGUAAUAUGUGUUCAUCAUCUGACGUUGUUCCGGCACCAAACAAACGCCUCAACAAUAAAAGAAGUAGUAGCCCAACGACGUCAGAGAGUAGCAGCAAUUGUGGCAGGAGUAGCCAUGGCAGUUUAUUGACUGUCACGUCACCCAGCAACAGUCACAAGUCUGUCGGACUCGACAAAAUCUCGUUGGGUUCAUCCAACAAAAGUUCGUUCGAGAGCGCCGGGCGUCGUGUUGCUGCUAAUCAUUCGCCUGUUUUAAGUCUCGAAUCGCUUCAACAAUGCGAUGACAAUGACAAUGUCGUGUCGAACAACAGCAGUCCUCGCCACAACAGUAGCCGUUCGACAAAUAGCGGUGGCGCUCACUUCAAAUGUCGCAAAGCAUUAGGGACGCGACAAGGGGAAGUGCAAGCCAUUCGAACCAAAUAUCCAUCUAAGAUUCCAGUCAUUGUGGAACGAUUUGACCAGGAGUUAUCAUUGCCUCACCUUCAAAAGAGCAAAUUUCUGGUUCCACAAGAGUUGAGCAUGUCUCAGCUGAUUACUGUUGUUCGCAACCGACUGAGACUGUCUUCGACGCAGGCCAUCUUUUUGAUAGUCAACAACCGGAGUAUGGCGUCGCUGUCCAAGACUGUCCUGGAGGUCUACAGAGAAUACCACGAUCCGGAUGGAUUUCUGUACCUAUCGUAUGCGUCACAAGAGGCUUUUGGCUCCGAUCAGGUUACGUGAUAUCAACCAUACUCAGGUGGAUAAAAAUGGCAAGUCCGCAUGAAGGAAUUUAUCCUUUCUCUCAACGAAAUCCUCAUUUCCUCCGUUAUUAAUCGUCCGUCGAUUUUGUCGGUAGAUGGACGUCACACAAUCUUGUUCGGUCUUUGGUUUUAUUUUACAUUUUUUGGGAAAUAAGAAAAGAAAAUAGUUGAUUAAAAAUGCCUUGAGAUUCGGGUUGGAUUCAAUUUUUAUUAACAAAAAACUCACUUUUGUCUUUCUUCCGUACAUUACUUGUGGUCUCGUAACUAUAUGUAACAUGUGUCAUGUCGUAUUCAAUGCGCUUUGUCUGUGUCCAUGUGCCGCAUAAGGUUCUCUAGCAUCUCUGUGAUUCAUGCGCUCUAGUCGCGCGAUUUCUGUUGUUUUUCAUUCUGAAGAAAACUCAGUAGAACGCCCGAUCAUGUGUUGCUGAUACGUAAUGAAUUCUUUUUUUCUAAUCAAAGAGCAUCCAGGUGAAAGUAAUAAGAAUGAUCAAGAGGGAGAUAAUAUCCUAUCCAUUGCGACAUUGGCAAACCAAAAUUCCCCUCUUUUAUUCUUUAGUUUCCUUUUUUUUCUAGUGGACUUCUACGAUGACAAAGUAUUUUACUAUUUACGCGUGUUUAUUUCCCAUGGAUUCUCAUUUUGUAACUGGGUCACCAAUUUUUUUUAAUUUUAUUCCUUAUUCAACUUGUCGGGAUUUGUUCAAGAUUGACAGUCCGUACAGCCUUUUUUUUUACACAAUGAUUUUAUUACGUAAUAAAUGAAUGGAGAUUU